UUCGGCACAGUCUUAGAGUGAUGUUGAAGCUAAGCAAUCGACUGAAACAGACGGGGCCUCGGGUUCUGCCCACAACCCUAGGCGGAUUACGCCACGUAUCUUCGGAUCGCUCCAGCGAGGGAAACCGCACGGCCCUCUACGAUUUUCACGUGCAGAAUGGUGGAAAAAUCGUAAACUUCGGGGGCUAUGCACUGCCAGUGCAAUACUCUGACCAGAGCAUCAUCUCCUCGCAUCUGCACACCCGGAGUGUGGGCUCCAUUUUCGAUGUAUCGCAUAUGCUCCAGACCUAUGUGAGGGGCAAAGAUGCAGCUGCCUGUCUGGAGUCUGUUUGUACGGCGGACAUCUUAGGUACUCCGGAGGGUAGUGGAACCCUCACGGUAUUCACCAAUGACCAAGGCGGCAUUCUGGACGAUCUCAUUGUGAACAAGGUCAGCGAGAAGGAGCUGUAUGUUGUCUCCAAUGCCGCUAUGAAGCAGCAGGAUAUGAAUGUAAUCAGUGCAGCUGCGUCAUACUUCAAGUCCAAGGGCAGAGACGUAUCCGUUGAGUUUCUAGCACCGUCCGAUCAGUCCCUGGUUGCCGUACAAGGGCCCCGAGUGGCUGCGGAACUAGCCAGGCUACUGGCUCCAGCCACGGCUCUAGACCAACUGUACUUUAUGCGAUCUUUCGUCGGCACUUUGGCAGGUAUCCCCGAUGUGAGGAUUACGAGAUGUGGCUACACUGGGGAGGAUGGCGUGGAGAUAUCGGUGGCUUCUGCACACGUACAGGCUCUCACCGAAGCCCUCUUGGCUAAUGGAAUCCUAAAGCUGGCUGGCCUGGGUGCCAGAGAUUCGCUACGGCUGGAGGCGGGUCUCUGUCUCUACGGCAGCGACAUCGAUGCCCAAACCACACCUGUGGAGGCAGCUCUGGCCUGGCUAGUGGCCAAAAGGCGUCGAGCUACUCGCGACUUUCCAGGUGCUGAUGUGGUUCUCGGCCAGCUCAAAGGAGGAGUUCAGCGCCGUCGCGUGGGUCUACAAAUGCUGGGAGCAAAACCUCCGCCAGCCCGCUCGGGAGUGGCCAUCUUCAAUGGGGGCCAGCAGGUGGGACAGGUGACAAGUGGCUGCCCAAGUCCCAGCACUGGUCGCAACAUAGCCUUGGGCUAUGUGCAGGAGACGCUGAAGGCGCCUGGAACCAGGGUGGAGCUCAAAGUGCGCGAUAAGUUCUAUGAGGCAGAGAUCACGAAAACGCCGUUUGUCAAAGCUAAUUACUACAAUAAACCAAAGAUAUAGAAUUGGA